AUGGGAUUCGUGGGGAUCUAUACUGCGGUGUAUGAUUAUACACCACAGGCGGAAAAUGAACUGGAGAUCAACGAAGGGGAUUUGUUGUAUGUGCUAGACAAGAAUUCAGAGGACGAUUGGUGGAAGGCGAAGAAGAAGGCGGCGGAGGAAGAUGAGGAGGAACCGGUUGGUUUGGUUCCAAACAAUUAUGUUGAAGAGGCACGGCCGACUCACAAAGCCAAAUCCCUUUACGAUUAUGCACGCCAAACUGAUGAGGAGGUAUCCUUUGCGGAGGAAGUUGAACUGCUUGUCUACGAUGCCUCAGACCCGGACUGGACCCUUGUAGGCAUUAACAAUGACUUCGGCUUUGCACCGGCCAAUUAUAUUGAGAUAACGGAAGAUCUUACGGACGACAAAGCCUCUCCUGCUGCUCCCGCUCCUCCUUCACUCCCUGCGCGAUCGGCUGACACUGAGUCUGAGGGAGUGCCAACCCCGGGAUCCCCUUCCAGCGUCGAUGCAGGUCCGGCUGCUGCUAUAGCUGGAAUCCUCCACAAAGCGCAGCCGUCAAUAUCUUCUGAGCAACCACAUUCCAUUAGGCCUUCUCUGGCCGUAUCUCACCCUCCGCAACCACACCGUCAGCCAAUGUAUACCCCAGAAGAAUCUGACGGAGAAGAUUCUGUCCCACCACCCGCCCUUCCACGACGUCCUCCAUCAGGUCAAAUAUCCACACCCGUGCAGCUUCCUUCUCCACGUGAACUAUCUCCACCGCGUCGUUCGCGAUAUUCUUCGCAUAUGGAGGAUGCAUCUCCUGGCAUCCAGUCAUCCCCGCCCUAUAGAUCUGGAGAGUUUCAUUCUGAUCAUCAGUCUGUGGUUUCUCCAUCUGGGUACCGUCUAUAUAACAUUAGUGAAAUGGUUUCCGUAAUGGGAAAACGGAAGAAGAUGCCCACAACGCUGGGAAUAAAUAUCAAUACCGGAACCAUUUUUAUAUCUCCGGAGAAAUCGGUAGAUGGACCCCAUCAGGAGUGGACUGCUGAUAAGUUAACACAUUAUUCUAUCGAAGGAAAACACGUAUUUAUGGACCUUAUCCGGCCUAGCAAGAGCGUUGAUUUCCAUGCCGGGGCGAAGGAUACAGCGAUCGAAAUUGUUUCCGCGCUAGGUGAAAUAGCAGGGGGAUACAAAGCCGAAGGCCUAAGAGAAGUAAUUGCGGCCGGUGUUGGAGGUGCUCGGAAAAAGGGUCAGGUAUUAUAUGAUUUUAUGGCUCAGGGAGAUGAUGAAGUCACCGUUGCUGUGGGCGAUGAAGUUAUCAUACUGGAUGACACCAAAUCAGACGAGUGGUGGAUGGUUAGGCGCUUGAAAAACGGCAAAGAAGGGGUCGUUCCCAGCAGCUACGUUGAGCUCACCGGAACGAUGACGGCAGAUGAACCGAGCAGGAAAGGCACUAACGCAGGACUUUCCUCUAUUGAGCAGAACCGACUUGAGGAAUCACGGCUGACGAUGGAAUCGGCACGGAAGUCAAAGAGUCAUAUUUCUAGUGACUCGCGCAGCGGAGAGGUAGGCCCAGGCAUCGAACUUCCGGAGAGAGGUAGUAGUUUGUUUCCCAGAGAAAGCAAUAAUGACAAUAGUUCACAGCGGCAGAAACGUGAUAGCAAGUUGAAACCAAAACCUGAUCCCACGAAAACGCGGAAGUGGACUGAUAGAUCUGGUGCUUUCACUGUCGUUGCGGAAUUUAUCGGUCUUGCGGAUGGUAAAAUCCACCUUCAUAAGCAGAAUGGCGUGAAAAUCGCCGUCCCGGUAUCGAAGAUGUCUGUCGAAGACAUUGAAUACGUGGAGAGAGCCACUGGCCAAUCGCUUGACGAGGACAAGCCGCUUUCCGACAUUCGACGACGAAGCCGCCUUCGCGACACCGGAAAAGUUGGUGCAAGUGUAAAGCCAUCCGAUUAUGACUGGUUUGACUUUUUCUUGAAGGCUGGAGUCGGGCCCCAUCAAUGCGAACGUUAUGCACAGAAUUUCACCAAAGAUUCUAUGGACGAGAGUAUAUUACCUGAUAUUACGAUGGAGACACUGAGAACCCUAGGUUUGAAGGAGGGUGAUAUUUUGCGAGUCAUGAAAUAUCUUGACAACCUUUUUAAUCGGGCUGGCAAAUCCAAAGUGGUCAGUUUCGGAGGAGAAGAGGUCAUAGGCAACGGCGAGGAAGGGGCGGGCGGGCUCUUUUCCGGUCCCAGGGGAACUCUCCGGAAUAAUACUCGCAAGGGACGGCCUGCUCCACCUGUCCAGACUAGCGAUGUUGUGGAUCCCAAGGCAUUCGAAGCUAAAAGUGACGUUGGAAAAGAUGGAUUGCCUGCAAGAGGCUCCCAGGCUACCAGUCCGUCGGCGGAUAAGGGUAUCCAAGGAUUUGAAGACAGUGCAUGGGAGAUUAAACAUCCCAAACAGCCCUCUACCUCUGCUGCACCAACAACUACCCCGGCUACUACUGCUCCCACAACGGCAACUCCUGCAAUACAACCUCAACCAGCACCUCCUGUAGGGGCAAUGGCAGACUUAUCUCUUCUCUCUACUCCCCUACAACCAACAAAGGCAAAUCCACCCCCACCCCCUCAACCACAACCUUCUCAGCUUCCGAUUACCCCACCCCCUCCUCAAAUUCAACAGCCACAGCAGCCACAGCAAACUGGUGCAAACCCGACUUUCUUUGCUCAGCUACCCGUGCCACAGCAGCAACAAGCCCAAAUUACCGGCUAUGUUCCACAGCAACAGCCAAUGCCCCCAAGGCAACGGCCACAACCGCCAGCCAUGGCAAAUCAAGGAUCAUCCCUUCUUCCUCCCCCGCCAGACCGGCCCCUCUCAGCACCUCAACGCCUGCCACCAAACAGCGCUUUUGGCCCACCUCCUUUGCAGCCCCAGCUGACGGGAGUUCCAGCAUCUGGUCCGAGCAUUGCUCCUCCUGGUUAUAGCCUUGCAGAACUUAAUCAGCAACGGUUCCAAGCUCAAUUCAGCCAGCAACAGCAAUUACAACCCCAACAAACUGGCAUCGGGCCGUUCGGAAAUCAAAUGCCCUCUCAACAGAUCGGGCUAAUGCCACCUCAACAACAACAACAACAGCAGCAGCAGCAGCAGCAGCAAUUUGGCUUCCAAUCUCCUCAACCGUUUAUGAACAGACCCCAGCAACAAGGAUUCCAGUCGCAACUUGCGCCCCAGCAAACUGGAUUGGCAGGUUUUCAACAGCAGCCACCACAACAGCUUCCUCUGCAGACUGGGAUCAAUGCCACUCUCCCCCCGCCAAUACAGCCACAGCGUACUGGCGUGAACGGGUAUGGUAGCAAUACCAAUUUUACUCCUUCACCGCCCUCCAUUCCUCCCUUCCCGCAACAGCCCACUAUUACACCGCUGCAACCGCAAAAGACUGGACCGCCACCCCCUGUUCGUUUCGGCGUGCAAAAGGAUGCGAAGAAGCUGACGCCACAGCCGACAGGGCUCAAGGCGAAUCUCUCGCAAGCUACGCCGUCCAAUCCGUUUGGAUUUUAA